UCCUUUUGUAUUAGGUGCCCAACUCUCGCAGAACUUUAAUUAUCACCGCUGACCAGAUCUUAAGGCUUAAGCCAUGGAAUCGGCCGAAACGCAAAUAAGAUUCGGAAUCCUAGGCUGCGCCGAGAUAGCCAAGAAGCUGUCUCGGGCCAUAACGCUGGCGCCAAACGCCGCCCUCUACGCCGUCGCCAGCCGCUCGUCCGACAAGGCCAAAGCCUUCGCUGCCGCCAAUGGGUUCCCGCCAUCGGCCAAGGCCUACGGCAGCUACGAGGCGCUCCUCGACGACCCCGACGUGGACGCCGUCUACAUGCCGCUCCCAACCAGCCUCCACCGCCAGUGGGCGGUGAGGGCGGCCGAGAAGAAGAAGCACGUGCUGCUGGAGAAGCCGGUGGCGCUGAACGCGGCCGAGCUGGAGGAGAUCCUGGCGGCGUGCGAGUCGAACGGGGUGCAGUUCAUGGACGCUACCAUGUGGAUGCAUCACCCUCGGACGGCCGUCAUGAAGGAGUUACUGGAUGAUUCUGAGCGGUUCGGUGAACUCAAAGUGAUCCACAGCACCUUCACCUUCGCCGGCGGCCCGGACUUCCUCACAAACAACAUCCGCGUAAGCCCCCACCUCGACGCCCUCGGUGCCCUCGGCGACGUCGGCUGGUACUGCAUCCGCUCCAUCCUCUGGGCUGCCUCGUACCACCUCCCCCAGACCGCUGUCGCCUCGCGCAACCCUGUCCUCAACGACGCCGGCAUCAUCCUCUCCUGCGGCGCCUCCCUCUACUGGCCUGACGGCAAGGUCGCCACGUUCCACUGCUCGUUCCUCACCAGCCUCAGCCUGGACCUCACCGUGCUCGGCACCAAGUCCAGCCUGCGCGUUAACGACUAUGCCGGCCCGUUGGAUGAGAAAGCGGCGUCGUUCCACGUAACGACGCAGUUCGGGUUUGGGAAGCCGUUGGUGAAGGAGGAGUGGGUGGCGUGCGAGUUGCCGCAGGAGGCCGGUAUGGUUGGGGAGUUUGCUCGUUUGGUUGCGGGGAUAAAGCGGAACGGGUGUAAGCCGGAGAAGGAGUGGGGUGUUCUGAGUUGGAAGACGCAGGUGGUUUUGGAUGCGGUUAAGGCUUCCAUUGAUCGCGGUUUUGAGCCGGUUGAGAUUGUCACGUGAGAAAUUUUUAAUACAAUGGUUAUUUGUAACACAUUUUUCGCAUAGGUGAGAUCCACAUAUGCAUGUGGCCCGCAUAUCUGAGAGAACGUUACGAAAAACGGUUGGAUUGGAAUUUUUGUCGCCAUAUGUUAUGGAUUAGCUGUUUUGUUUGUUUCAAGUUAUACAUUUAGGUACUGUCAGCUACAGCUGCUUUUAUUUUUUUUGCGGGAUAAUGCAUGCCAAAUUUGGGUGUUAUAAAUAAAUCGGGUUAGUUUCAAA